AUGAAUUCCCGCGAGCAUUCUGAUAUGCCUCCGGCGCCCUCCUAUCCGUCGCCCAAUGCGGCGCAGAUGGGUCAGGGUACCAUGCAGUACUACACAAACCGUCAGUUAACCACCGACGAGCUCUUGUCCGCGGAGCUUUCGCGCGAAAACUCGGGCCCUGGCAUCAAUGACGGCUCGAGUAAUGGCGUCCACCACGGUCAAUCGAUGGUCCUGGGCUCGUCCAACGCCGCGGGCGCUGACAUCGGCCGUCCGCCCUCUCCGGAUCAACAUCAGCAGCAGCACAUGCUUCCGUUCCCGCCGAGCCAACAGGUGGGCGUUGAUCCGAAUCACGAUCUCAGCUAUGGGGAUCAGAGUGCUAGAAGGAAACGGACCAAGAUUUCCAGAGCGUGCGAUGAGUGCAGGCGCAAAAAGGUCCGCUGCGAUGCGAGCUCCGAAUCCGGGGUCGAAACAUGUUCGAACUGCCGCCGGCUGGGUGUCGUCUGCCAAUUUAGUCGUGUGCCCAUGAAGCGUGGUCCGAGUAAAGGAUACAUCAAGGAACUUGCGGAGCGUUUACAUACCCUUGAAAGCCAGAUGCAGCCUGCUAUGGUUCACCCCGACAUGCCGUACCAGCCCAUGAACGAAGCACCGUCGCCCCGAGCGUACCAAGAUUUUUCGUCGCCAAUGGAUACCGGGGCUAUCGGUCGGAAGAGGACAUAUUCUGUGUUUGACGGGCUGCCGAGCUCCUCUAUUGCCCAACCGCCAUUCAACUCGCGGCCUCAGAAUGCGUUCGGUCAGCCUUCAAUGCCUCCAUCUCGCAUGGUCCCAGUGUUACUGACUUUGCUAGAUGCGGGCGAGAACUCUACAGACCCUUUCAAUCCUACGGUCGUCGCCGGCUCGGCGCCAAAACCUGGAAACCUUUUCUGGGCGGGCAACGAUGGCGAUCUUCCUGCUGGUUUGGAUAUUCCCGAUACGCUAAAACACGAGGAAGAUAUGACGCCGUUGAAUGUAGACGACAGUGCUCUCAAUGUCUAUUACGAGAAGGUUCACCCAAUCCUUCCGAUACUUCCAAACACAAAGGAUCGACUACUGGGGCUCCUUCAUCAAUGCAGCCGCGAAGUGCAGGAGAUCUUCCUCUACAGUCUGUAUACUUUGACGCGCGUCGACGUCGAUCGCUUGGCCGGCACUUUCGAGAGGGUUACAUCAUAUGACAACGCGCAAGACCUUCUAUUAUACUAUACUCGACAACCAGCUCUAGUACGAUCGACAGGGGUAAACUUGAUAUGGCUGCAGAGUAUCCUCCUUAUGAUCCUCGACUGCGAUUCACGCGGACCUGACAAUUUCGUGCUGAAGGAUGGUAUCCCGAAGCAGACACUGAUCCAAUCUGCCACCAAGCUCGGUUCGGAUCUGGCGAAGAACCUGGGUCAGUUGAAAGCUAAUCGAAUUUCGGAUCCUGACCUUGACUCGGAAGCGAACCUCGCCAGGCGAAGUUGGGUAUCUUUGGCGAUAUUGACACGCUGGUAUGCUGUCAGUGUCGCUGACACCAGCGUCCUCGGAACGCAUGAGAUAGGUGGUCGGGAAGAUGAAAGAAUUGUUGGUCCUGUAGCGGCAGGAAUUGCCUCAUACUCAAGCUUUCUGAGUGAAAUCAUCACUUUAGCUGCAGCCGAGCCUAACAUCUGCCAGUCCAACACCGGCAUUGGGCGGGUGAUCUCGGCCAAUCUGGCAGCCGCGCUAGAACGGCUUUCUGGCCUUGAUGAUUUCCGAGGGGCAUCCGAAGAUGGCUCUUCUCACGGCUUCAUUGAGAGUUUGCAGAAUCAACUUUACUGGACGACGCGACUUCUAAUCAAACGACACAUCUUUGUUUACAGCCCUUACGAGAUUAUCUUCAGCGCUGAAGAGGUCAUCAAUGAGCUACACAGGGCGACCUUGGAAUCUCGCCAAACAACUCCCUUCGACCUUCACAGCCUGGCUCUGGCAACAAUGACCCUUCUGGAAGCAUCUGUUCUUCCGGAGUACUCGAAUGAAUGUUGGGACGCUCUGAGCAGGGUUGAAGACAUCCUCGACCACCGCGAAAAACGCGCAUUGCAAUCUUCAGAGUUCGGCGACAUCUUCCACACCGAGAGUUGGGAUGCCAAGAUCCGUCUCUUCCUCGAAUGGAGACGCACUAAAUCACAAGAGACUCAGCUUCAUGAUCCGAACCUUAGCAAACUCGGGUCUGCACCGCCCCCUGUUGUCGGUCCGAAUGAACAGCGCUCCCUCCAGCACCUGGCGGAUCUUGCUGUCGGUGCCGAGGGCUCAGUAGCGGCAAAUGUGUCGCCCCCGCCGCCCUCCGCCAUCCCAUCAACGGAGAACCAUAACAUAACUGCUGUCUCACCAACCCUUGGCUCGGCUGCUCCGCCGCAGGGCCGCAUAGUCGUCGAUUUCACCUUGCUGACGAAGGAGGGAUACCUCAAUGUCUUUGCCGGUUUUAUUUACCGUCGAUCUCGGUAG